CCACGCGGGAGAGACCGAAGCCGCCGCUCCACCGCUCCGCCGCCCGGCGCGCCACUGACGUCACCACGGACGUCGCCGCCGGCGCCCGCUGACGUCAGCGCCCCGCCCCCUCUGUCGUCGCUGCGCGCGGGGCCGGUGGGGCGCGGGGCGGUCGUCAUGGCGCUGUUCCACGUGGCCCGGUACGCGGGCCCCGAGGCGGCUGGGGCGGAGGCCGAGGCCGGGGCGGACGGCCGGGCUCGCGCGCUGCUAGAGCGGCUGCGGUGCCGGGCCCGAGAGCGGCAGCUGCUGAAGCAGCCGCCGCAACAAGAGCCCGCGGAGGCCGCGCAGACCGCGCAGGCGGCGGGGAAGCGGCGGCGGCGGCGGCCGCGCCGAACGCGGAGGCAUGAGGGUCCCGGGGCGUCGGGGAGCCCGCACGCGCCCCCCAGCAAGCGGCGGAAGGCGGACGAAGAGGACGCGGGCGCAGAAAGCAGCGAGGAGGCGCCGGCGGAGAACAGCGUGGGCGCGGGAGCCUCGGGGUCGCCGGAGGGCCCGGGCGCACCGCCCCCUGAAGAGGCCUCUGGGCCUCCAGCCCACGCCCUAGUGCUCGGGGGCUUCGGGAAGAGCAAAGCGCCAAAGGUGAGCGGCUCCGGGGAGGCUGCAGCGGUGGGACAGCUUGGAGGAUGCUGCUUGCGCCUGGUCCAGCCUUUCCUGCCAGUGUGGUUGGCUGAGCCAAGCUGCGUUGGAAAGGAUGUCACUGAAGGCCUGGUGCCUAUCGAGGACAUCCCUGAAGUCCACCCAGACCUACAGAAGAAGUUGCGGGCACAGGGCAUCUUGUCCUACUUCCCAGUGCAGGCAGCAGUGAUUCCCGCUCUCCUGGAGAGCACAGCCAACGGGUUCCUGGUGAGCAGAGGCGGCUACCGGCCUAGCGACCUCUGUGUUUCUGCCCCGACGGGCAGCGGGAAAACCCUGGCCUUCGUCAUCCCUGUGGUGCAGGCCCUGCUGUGGCGAGCCGUGUGCCAGGUUCGUGCCCUGGUGGUGCUGCCCACCAAGGAGCUGGCUCAGCAGGUGAGCAAAGUGUUCAACGUGUACACGGACGCUACCCCUCUGCAGGUCGCCCUGGUCACUGGGCAGAAAUCGCUGGCCAAGGAGCAGGAGAGCCUCGUGCAGAAGACAGCAGACGGCUUCCGCUGCCUGGCCGACGUCGUGGUGGCCACCCCCGGCCGCCUGGUGGACCACGUCGACCAGACCCCAGGAUUCAGCCUCCAGCACCUCCGCUUCCUGGUCAUUGACGAGGCUGACCGCAUGAUAGACAGCAUGCACCAGUCCUGGCUGCCGCGGGUGGUGGCCGCGGCCUUUCCCAGUGAGGGCACCAAGGACCCCUUUGCUCUACUCCAGAGAACGCAGCCCCGGGCUGUGACUGCAGCCAGCGUCUCCUGUCCCCAGAUGCCACUGCAGAAACUGCUCUUCUCGGCCACGCUGACCCAGAACCCCGAAAAGCUGCAGCAGCUUGGCCUCUACCAGCCCCGGCUCUUCUCCACGGGGGCGGCGCACGGGGGCCCCAGAGACCCCGACGUUGACAGGGACGGGGACUCGGGUGGGAAGUACACCUUCCCCGCGGGGCUCACGCAUCACUACGUGCCCUGCACUCUCCGCUUCAAGCCGUUGGUUGUCCUGCACUUGAUCCUGGAAAUGAAUUUCUCUAGGGUCCUCUGUUUCACCAACUCCCGAGAGAACUCCCACAGGUUGUUCCUGCUCGUCCAGGCUUUCGGGGGUGUGACCGUGGCCGAGUUCUCCUCCCGCUACGGGCCUGGCCAGAGGAAGAUGAUCCUGAAGCAGUUUGAGCAGGGAAAGAUCCAGCUCCUCAUCAGCACUGACGCCACAGCCCGCGGCAUCGACGUGCAGGGCGUGCAGCUGGUGGUGAACUACGAUGCCCCCCAGUACCUGCGGACCUAUGUGCACCGGGUUGGAAGAACCGCCCGUGCCGGAAAAUCUGGACAGGCCUUCACGCUUCUCCUCAAGGUGCAGGAGAGGAGAUUCCUCCGGAUGCUGGAGGAAGGCGGGGUGCCCAGGCUGGAGCGGCACAACACCCCCAGUGAGCACCUGCAGCCGCUGGUCCCGCGGUACGAGGAGGCCUUGUCCCAGCUGGAGAGGGCCGUCAAGGAGGAGCGGAAGCAGAAGGCGGCCUAGGCCAGGGCUCCGGACAGACUGGUAAGGGGUCCUUCCCUCCUGGUGGGGUAGCCGCCUCCUUCCUGGAAAUGUCUUGAGCACCAACUGCCAGGCGUGUGAGCAGCAGGCGGGGAUUCCUCGGCUAAAGGAGCCUCAGUCCCCAAGCACGCUGCUGCCUCGGGCCAGGUCCGCUGGACACAAGGCUCCGGCCCAGGCCUGAGACCGUCAAGGGGGCACAAGGUCAGCCUCCGGUCCGGUGGUUUUUCUGGAAACAAGGUUCUAGUGAAACCGUUCACACUCACCUGGAACUGACAGGGUGGCAUCUGCCACAUGUUUGGCUGUAAGUUGGGGAUCAGCCUUGAGGUUCCUUCAGGAAUUUAGUUCUCACAACGUGAGCCACCGCCCUGCGUGAGAGAGGUGGCCCUGGGCCCCUCACUGUCACGUGGGGUGAACACGGCCACUCAGUAGCUGCUCCCCACAAGGCGUUGCAGAGACCAAAGGACGCGCUGUGUGGUUGUCCUGGCUGUUCUUCAUGACUAAUCACCGCGUGUGUGAGGCAAGUGUCCGGGAAACGGGCUUCAGGAUGCUGACCGCCGUCUCUGAGAAAGCCUCAUUUCCAAGACUCACGUGCUGACAAAGUCUUAAAAAAACAGAAAUGAACCGCGGCUCCUCGUCUCUGCCUGGACAUGGGUCACUUGUGUCGGCAGAGUGACGACCCCGAGUCCUGGUGUCCCGUGUGCUCACUGCCGCCUGGUGGACGUCGCAGGGUGGAGUGGGCUGCUUACAGGGGAGCACGCGGACUGGGACUCGGGCCACACCAGCCCGGACCCCUCAGGGCUAUAAACCACUCCGCGUGCAGAACCCGCUUGCGAUUCAGCCCAGGCUUUGCACGGGACCCAGGGGGACGGCGCAGCCAUGACCUGUGAGAGGUGGCUUCCCAUCUCCGUGCAGACCGAGGCCGGGCCUGGCGUGUUGAGCCUGGAGCUUCCUGGUGUGGACACAGCACAGCAUGGACCCAGGCCCUCGGCUGCCCCACGUGGUUGCGCUCCAGCGUCAGGAUGCGCCGUGCUCCCAAGGGAUGCGCCCCCUCGGCUGGGCAGCCCGGGGCCUGUUGCUUGCCUGAGGUCAGGGAGGCAGUGGUCACCACCUGCGGCUGAGCUGCUUUCUGCGGAGAGUCACCGCAGGGCCUGCUGUGCGGCCGUGGUCAGGUCCUGUGUCGGGGUCGCGGUUACAGAAGGCUCAGAGCCUGCUCUCACCUCCCUGGGGGGCUGGGACCCAGCUGUGCAGGUGGUGGGGGAGGGGUGCAGCCACUGCUGAAAGAGAAGCCUCUGCGUCGCUUGUCAGGAAGCCUCGGGUCAGAUGCAACCCGUGUAUUGAAACACAGUGCCUGGAGUUACCAAAAUCUUGCUUGUGAUCAAUAAACAGCCCCCGCUGACUGGAUCUAGCUUUUGGUCACAGGAGGUAAGGUUGGCUGGACUUGCCUUCCAGGGGGUGGCACAGGCGCACCGCAGGUCCUCUCCCCAGCGAAACAACGGUGACUGGCAGAAAUCACCGCAACAACAGCCACCUGACGUCUGGAAAUUGUCGUUGAAGGCAGACAGUGAAUGGAGAAGCCUUUCUCUAAGAAGAUCCAAACAAAGGCCCCCUGUGUUUGAGCCCUGCGCCCCAUCCCCCGCCCAACAUGGUGGAUGCGCGUCCCUUCCCCACCGUGGGUUCCACCAACAGGUCAUCAAAAGGCACUCAGUGUUGCUGGUCACGCGGAAAGUGCGCAUCGGACACAGGGACGUGCCACCUCCCACAGCGGCGAGGGGGGACCGCACAGGUGUGUGGACGUAGGGGAGGGCCCCCUCAUGCUGGCACUGCUGGUGGGUGUGACACGUCCACCGUGCAGCUGCUGUGUGACCCCAGUCCCACACCUGGGCCCUCGCUCAAGAGAAUGAAAGUGUGUCCACACGGCACAGUGUCCCUAACAGCUAGGAAGUAGAAACAUCCCAAGUGUCCAUCACUGGACUUGGUAGGGAGGGGCGGGUGAGGGGAGUGGCAGGUAGUGGUGUGGGAUUUCUUCUGGGCACGAUGGAAAAGUUCUGAAGUUGAAAGUGAAUUGUCUAGUCUGGGGAUCAUAUCAAUAAAGCAUCUAUUUCCAAAAAAAAAAAAUAGUAAACACAGUGCCCGCCUGGGGUGAUAGGAUUGCUAUAAUACCAGGCUGCCUCCUCAGCCUGCUUUUUCUUUGCAUUCAGACACAUUUGUGCCAGAAGACAGGAAGAGGCUCAGGCAGGUGACUAAGGACAACAGCUGAGCCUUUCGAGUUUUGCAGUCAAUGCCAGCAGAACAAAGAAUUCCAGUAACACAUAUACUAUAUAUUGUCAGGUAGGACUUCCUAGGUGGCACAGUGGUUAAGAAUCCCCCUGCAGUAAUCCCACUACUGGGCAUAUACCCAAAGAAAACCAUAAUCCCAAAAGAAACUUGUACCAUAAUGUUUAUUGCAGCACUAUUCACAAUAGCCAGGACAUGGAAGCAACCUAAAUGCCCAUCAACAAAUGAAUGGAUAAAGAAGAUGUGGCAUAUAUACAGAAUGGAAUAUUACUCAGCUAUAAAAAGGGAUGAGAUGGAGCUGUACGUAAUGAGGUGGAUAGAACUACAAUCUGUCAUACAGAGUGAAGUAAGUCAGAAAGAGAAGGACAAAUAUUGUAUGCUAACUCACAUAUACGGAAUCUAAAAAUGGUACUGAUGAACUCAGUGACAAGAACAAGGAUGCAGAUACAGAGAAUGGACUGGAGAACUCGAGGUAUGGGAGGGGGCGGGGGGUGAAGGGGAAACUGAGACGAAGCGAGAGAGUAGCAC